AUGUUUGCGUUCGUCAGUAUCCUCGUGGUCAAUGUGCAUAACGGGCCAGGAGAGGGUGCACUACCGAACGCAGAAUAUACCGCAGCCAUCGAGGCCCUCAACUCGCUCAGUAAUGUACGCACUAUCGGCUAUGUGGCAACCACGUGGUGUACCAGGGACUUGAGUUCUGUGCUGGAUGACAUUGCUGCGUUUUCAUUCUGGGGCGAAUAUGAUUCCUCACUGGCUCUGAGUGGUGUCUUCGUUGAUGAGACGCCUACCCAAUACUCUACAGACUAUGCCGUGUAUCUCGAUAGCAUCGCUCAAGCUGUUCAAGACAGCACCGGACUAAAGGACGACUAUAUUGUUCACAACCCUGGCGCUCUUCCAGAGCCUCGUUACUUUGAUGAGACAUUGUUCACUGGGCCGGACUUGACCGUUGUUUUCGAGAACUCAUUUUCCAAUUGGACGACCGAAAGUGGCGAGCUCUUCAAGGCGACGGGUUCAUAUGAUCGCGAAAAGCUUGCGCUGCUUGUGCACUCCACACCGGAUCUGUCGAUUCUCGAGACGGCUAGUACGCUAUUGCAAUUACUAGCCGUAGGCCGCGGGAUCUGGUUAACAGGCAGCUCGAACUAUACCGAGCUCGACGGUGUGCUACCUGCGUUUAUCGAAGGCUUGGAUGCGCUGUUGAGUUGA